AUGGAGGUGCCUUCAAUCAGCCACGGCUGCCGUAGUAACGCAUUACUGUGGACAGCAGCCAGCCGCGCAGCGUGCCGCCUCGCCAACCCCGCCGAGCUCGUUCCGCCUGUCAUCCCCGCCGCACUUCGUUUGCGUCUGAUCCCCGCUGCCAUGGAGACGGCGGCCUUCCCCUCACUCUCCUCCACUGUGGCUCCCGCGCCCUCCGCCCUUUGGUCCGCCAACCUCACCGCGCCGUACCCAACGAACGCGCCGUGGCAGAACUUCGUGCUGGGGCAGGGCGGCAACCCCAAGCUCGUCACGCCGUACAUCGUGCAGAGCGCGGAGGGGCGUGUCGCGUGGGGGUUGCCGAUGCGCGACCCGCAACCCGGGUACAUCGUGCAGGCGUUCGUCACCGCGCUCAUGCUCUCCACGCUGCAGGGCCUCCCCCCCCACCAGCUCUCCGCCUACGAAGACCUCUCCGCCACCCUCUCCUUCCGCCAACCCUCCUCCGCGCCCUCCGACCCCCCCGCGCUCGAGGUUCCCCUGACAUUGCUGGUGUACCUGUCGUCGCCACUGGCGCUGAGGCAGGACGGGUCAGCGCUGGUGGCGGACGCGCCAUUCACGGGGACGAUGCGCUUGGCGCUGCUGCCGGGCUCCUCCACGCUGCAGGACGAGGAGGCGCUGCUGGACGCGCACGUGCCCACGGUGCCGCUGGGGGGGAGCGCGCAGGUGGGCGAGUUCCUCAUCGAGUACACCUGGCGCACCCAGCAGUGGCGCGAGCUGGCUAAUGGCAAAACUGAGGCGCCGCCGCUGCUCAUGCUAUCGCUGCCAAUGCACCGGCGAAUGGAAGUGAGCGCACACAGCCCCUCCACUGCCUCCGCCCUCCGCCGUCGCCGCAGCGGCUCCCCUUCCCGCAUCAUGAGCGCCCUCCGCGGCCACCACAACCCCGCCUCUGCCGGCCCCUCCAACACACGGGGCAGUGCACGGUGGUCGUCCGUGCGAGAUGCGUCGGUGUCCGAUGCAUCAGUGCUGGCAUACCCCACCAUCGACGGUCAGGCGAUGGGCAUGCAGGGGGCGGUGUGGCGCCUCAACGUGCCCAAGCGACCCUCCACGUGGCAAGCGGGGCCCCUCUCGUCCGACGCACAGCUGCUGGACGAGCUGAGGGGCAGCCUCAAGCAGGACGUGGCCGCGCUGCCGCCCCUCUCCUCCCCUUCUACCUACUCCUUCGGCAAGGCAGCGGCACGCGCCGCCCGCCUGGCGUUGAUCGCAAAGCAGGUGCAAGACGAUGACAGCCUGGCCGCCGUGCUGCCGCCCCUGCGAACCGCACUCUCCGCGUGGCUGGAUGGCACCUUCCCCGGUAACCGCCUGCUGUACGAUCCCACGUGGGGCGGCGUGGUGAGCGAGGCGGGGUCGCUUGACCAGGGGGCGGACUUUGGAGCAGGCAUGUACAACGACCACCACUUCCACUACGGCUACUUCAUCUACGCCGCUGCCACCGUUGCCGAGUUUGACGCCGCAUGGCGCGACCAGUACCGUGCUCCGCUGAGGGACCUCAUGGCUGACUACAUGUCUUUGGAGCGCACGGCGGCAUUCCCGAGGCUGAGGCACUUUGACGCGUACGCUCUGCACUCGUGGGCCAGCGGGCUGUUUGAGUUUGGCGACGGGCGCAACCAGGAGAGCUUCAGCGAGGGGGCCAACGCGUACUACGCGGGGGCGCUGCUGGCGUCCGUGCUGGGCGACCAGCCGCUCGCCACGCUGGGCGCCACGCUCGCAGCCGUGGAGGCCCUCGCCGGGCAGACCCUCAUGCACGUGCCGCUCGCCUCGUCCAAUCCGGACCCCUCCCUCACACCCAGCUACGAGGCUGUGUUUGCAGACGCCAACCGCGUUGUGGGCGUGUUCUGGUCCACCAAGCGCGAUGCGGGGCUGUGGUUCGCCCCGCCGGCGGACAUGGAGAAGCGUGUGGGCAUCCAGGUGCUGCCCGUCUCACCCUUCCUCUCCCACCUCUUCCCCGACCGUGAGUUCGCCAAGCAGCUCGUGGAGUGGGCGCAACUUGUGCUGAGCGGCCCCGCCACGGACGAGUGGCACGGCUUUGCGUGGGCGCUGCAGGCGCUGUACGACCCGCAGGGGGGCAGGGCGAACAUUUCUGCUCUAGGUGCUUUUGAUGAUGGUAACUCCAAGACCAACAUGCUCUGGUGGCUCGCUUCCAACAUGCCAUAG